AUGACAGAAAAUAUCCAUUGGAAAAUGAAUGAAGAUUAUGAACAUCAACAAGAAGAGUCAUCAUCUCGUCAUUUACUUGUUGCACUUGAAGAUUUACUUAAACGAAGUCAUAAUAGUUCUACAUUUACAUCAAAGAUCAAAUAUCAAAGUAAAAGUGUUGACGAUUUGCUAAUAAAUCGACGAUAUCGACAAGAAAAAUAUCAACAAACUUCAACAGAUGAUGAUAAUAAUAAUAUUUCAAAAACAACACGACCAGAACUUGAUUUAUCUGGUAUUGGAUCUGAUGAAGAAACUAAUGAAUAUGAUUUAGAAACACAACGAAGUCGAUCAGCACCCGUUUCACCAAAUCAAAUCUAUGAUAAAGAAUUAGCUGCUUUUAUAGACUGUGAACAACAACAAUCAACUGUAGAUAGCUUUGUCUAUAAUAUUGAUUUAUCCGAUCAAAACGAAAAUACACAUCAACCAAAUUCAAGAAUAGCCAUAUUUUUUGAUGAUGAUUUUCUACCCGAAGAAACAAAUUAUGAACCCUCGAUUAGCCUUAUUCAUUCCUCUCUCAACAACAAUUGUCUAACAAUAACUGAAGAAAAUGAAGAAGAGCUUGAACAAUUAAAACGUGAUGAUGAUGAAGAACGACAACAGCAACAACAACAACAACAACAAAAAGAAAAUGUUUUCGUAGAUAUUAAUGAAAAUUCAGCAUCAAUUAUUACAUUACGUAAUGAUAAUAAUCAAACUGAUACAUAUGAGAAUGAUAAUCAAACAAAUGAAAAUGAAACAUACGAUAUGAAUAAUCUAUCAUUAAUGUAUAUGGACAAACGUGAAAAUAACGUUGAACGUCUUUCAACUAUCUAUGAAGCUCCAAGUCCACAACCUGAAAUAGAAGACGAAAUUAAUAAUGAUACAGAUGAUAAAUUAAUUGUUUAUGAUAUUGCAAAAGUUGAUACAUCAACUAAAUCAUCAAUAAUUCAUCCAAAUCAAGAAUCUUAUAUAUCAACUUCUUUAUCCAAUUAUUCUUCAAUUACUGAACGAGAUUGUAUUGGUUCAUGUUACACAGAUACUUUCUUCAAAACAUAUCCUAAUUUUACUGAUACCCUUCCAGUUUCUCGUUUAUGUGGAACAACAUCUAUGAUUAUUUCUAAAAUUAAUAAUCCUUUAUCUUUAUUAUCUACUUCAUUGUUAACAACAAAUAAUGAUGAAAACUCAUCUUCAUUACCGGUUAUCAAUGCUCAAAUCAUUUCUUCAUCACUUUCUCCUAAACAACAAUCAUCUUCACGAUCUUCACCUAUGUUAUUUUCCACGCCAACUGAUGACCUAUCAAAAUCUAUAAUGGAUAAUAACAAACUAUCAUCAUCACAACAAUCUACUCAACAUAUUAUAAUGAUGAAAGUAAUUCAAUCUUCAUCAUCAAGUUUAUCAGAUUUUAUUUCAUCAACAUUAAAACCACCACUAGAGACUACAAGUUAUUAUGAUAAUGUUCUAAAUAUUCGUCGUUCGCUGACAGAUUGUUCGUUGAAGGAUCAAACAUCAUCAUUAAUCAAUGAAAAUAGCUUGACAACAAAUCAAAUAAUAGAUAAUCAUGAAAGAAGACCGUCAUCUACUCGACGUAUUCUUACAAAUGGUCUUUUACUUUCACAUUCUUCUAGUAAUCCUAUUCCACGUCGUGUACAAGAAUCUCUUAUGUCAAAUCAUAAUGAUAAUUAUUCAAUAAAACAAAAAAAUGAAAAAAAACUUUUAUCGGAUUCAUCAUCAUCAUCAGAUUUACUUUCAUCAUCUGAUGAAAAAAUUUUUUCUCGAUCUGAUUUUGUCCAUCAACAAGAACAAAAAUUUACUCAACAACGUAAAGCAUCUAGUCUUAAAAGUAUUUGCAUAACAUCACCACAACCAUUAUCAAAAAUUCUUUAUCCAAUUGAUUUUGAUGCUAACAAUAUAGAUUUAUCUUGGCAUCAAAAACAAUCAUUUCAUACACAUAAAGUACCAAAAUCUGAUUCAGGUAUUGUUAUUGAUACACAUCCAACAUCCAAAUCAAAUAGUGAAGAUGAUGAUAAUAAUGGUGCUAUCGACACAAAUCAAAUUAAACAAUAUGAAAUUAAUUAUCAAAAAAAUUUGACUGAUUUAACUAUUCUUAAAAAGAAUAUUGUUAAUAUUGAAAGUCGUCUUAAUGAAGUUAUGCGAGAGCUGGAAAUUGAACAAGCAUUAAUUGAAGGAGAACAUGAAUUAGUAUUCAAACAAAUUUUAAAUGCAAGUGAAAGUGAUCAAAAGAAAAUACGACAAUUAAAUAAAAAUUUACAAUUAUUAAUUGAACGAAUAAUGGCAGAAAAAAAUUCUAUGCGAAAUGAAAUUGAUCAUACUCAAAAAAAUCUUUUGAAAUAUGAACAUGAAUUAAAUGAACUUGAACAACAGCAUCGACCGUCUGAUGAGAAAAUUUUUAAAAAAAAAGAAAUGAUUGCUGUAACACGUAAAAAAUUUGAAGAUCUUGAAUUUCAAUUUAUGGAAUUAGAAACACGUUGUGAAUCUGAACUUGAAAAAGCUGAAGAAAAUUUUCAAAAUGAACAAAAACUUCUUACACAAAAUGCUCAAAUUCGACAAAACGCCUUACGUAAUCUUGAUCAUCAACAAUAUAUAGCUUUACAUCAAGCUAUAAUGGAAAAAGAAAAGCUUGAACGAGAAAAACAAAAACUUAAAUUAUAUUUUAAACAGAAAAAAUUAGAAGCGAAUGAAUUAGAAAAAAGAAUUUAUGAUACAUGGUCAAAUAUUAAUGGUACCAGUCAUACUGAAUAUCAGUCAAUUCCAAUACAUCAUUAUGGUUCAUUGAAUUAUCCAAAUGGACUUGCAUCACCAAAAAUGGAAAGAAAAGAUAAUCAUCCAGACAAUUCAAAUGAAGUGAUGACUAAUGUUAAACUGGAAAAAAUGACGAUUCCUGAACAACAAUUACCUGAAUGUCAUAAUGAAAGUAUAAAACAUAUUGGACUCGAAGAAAAAUUAGAUGAUAACAUUCAAAAAUAUGAUUAUCAAGUUAAAUUACGUGAAAAAAAUCGAAAACAAGAACGUCCAUUGACACGUUAUUUACCAGUACGUUCAGCUGACUUUGAUCUUCGUGCACAUAUUGAAGGUGCUGGUCAUUUAUUAAAUUCUCCUCAUAUAUCUCUAACAUCAACAUCAUGCCGUGGUUAUCUUCAUAAAAUGGGUGGAGUUAAGUUUAAAACAUGGAAUCGUCGUUGGUUUGUAUUUGAUCGUCAACAUCGUUCAUUAUUUUAUUAUCAAGAUAAAAAUGAGACUAAAUUACGUGGUUGUAUUUAUUUUCAAUCAAUCGUUGAAGUUUAUGUUGAUCAUUUACAAUCAAUGUCAUUAAGAUCACCUGAACCACGUGAAGCAACAUUUAUUGUUAAAACAAUUGAACGACCUUAUUAUUUAGUUGCACCAACUGUUGAAUUAAUGCGUCUAUGGGUCGAUGUUAUUAUAACUGGUGCUGAAGGAAAUACAUUUGCUGGUGUUUAA